CGGUGAUGGGAAGAGCCGGGAUAACUCCAGAGCACCGGGAACUAAGACCCUGCAUGCAGAGGGUUUCCGCACUGACCACGCGAAUCCAGGCGCACACUAUGGUGCGGUGUUGGUGGAAAUGUUAGCACUCGGACCCAAUAACUAUGCAAAUAACACUGUCAUAUCUUCCCCAAUUUACCCACCGCCCCAAUCCCUCUUUCUCUCCCUGCAGCGUGAGUGUAUCUCCAUCCACAUCGGCCAGGCCGGAGUCCAGCUCGGCAACGCUUGCUGGGAGCUGUAUUGCCUGGAGCACGGGAUCCAGCCGGAUGGACAGAUGCCCAGCGACAAGACCAUUGGAGGCGGCGACGACUCCUUCAACACCUUCUUCAGCGAGACGGGGGCGGGCAAGCAUGUUCCGCGCGCCGUGUUUAUAGAUCUGGAGCCCACGGUGAUCGAUGAGGUGCGGACCGGCACCUACCGGCAGCUCUUCCACCCUGAGCAACUCAUCACCGGCAAGGAGGACGCGGCCAAUAACUACGCCCGAGGCCAUUGUUCAAUCGGCAAGGAGAUCGUAGACCUGGUCCUGGAUCGCAUCCGGAAGCUGGCCGACCAGUGCACCGGACUGCAGGGGUUCCUCAUCUUCCACAGUUUCGGUGGCGGCACCGGCUCGGGCUUCACCUCCCUCCUCAUGGAGAGACUGUCCGUCGACUACGGCAAGAAAUCCAAGCUGGAGUUUUCCGUCUACCCGGCGCCGCAGAUAUCCACUGCCGUGGUCGAGCCCUACAACGCCGUGCUGGUCACCCACUGCACCCUGGAGCACUCCGACUGCUCCUUCAUGCUGGAUAACGAGGCCAUUUACGACAUCUGCCGGCGGAACCUGGACAUCGAGCGCCCCACCUACACCAACCUCAACCGCCUUCUGGGGCAGGUAGUGUCGUCCAUCACCGCCUCGCUGCGCUUCGACGGCGCCCUCAACGUUGACCUGCUCGAGUUCCAGACCAACCUGGUCCCCUACCCGCGCAUUCACUUCCCACUGGUGACCUACGCGCCCCUGAUCUCGGCUGAGAAGGCUUACCACGAGCAACUGUCCGUGUCGGAGAUCACCAACGCCUGUUUCGAGCCGGCCAACCAGAUGCUCAAGUGCGACCCCCGCCAGGGCAAAUACAUGGCGUGCUGUAUGCUGUACCGCGGGGACGUAGUGCCCAAGGACGUCAACGCCUCCAUUGCCACCAUCAAGACCAAGCGCUCCAUCCAGUUCGUGGACUGGUGCCCGACCGGGUUCAAGGUGGGCAUCAACUACCAGCCCCCGACGGUGGUGCCAGGGGGCGACCUGGCCAAGGUGCAACGCGCCGUCUGCAUGCUGAGCAACACCACCGCCGUCGCCCUGGCCUGGACCCGCAUGAACCUCAAGUUCGACAAGAUGUACGCCAAGCGGGCCUUUGUCCACUGGUACGUGGGAGAGGGGCUGGAGGAAGGGGAGUUCCAGGACGCGCGGGAGGACAUGGCGUCGCUGGAGAAGGACUACGAAGAAGUGGGCAUCGAUUCGGCGGAUCUGGACAAGAAGACCGAAGAGGAAGAGUGAACAUCCAGAAACACUCGUUUAUUUUUAUUAUUAAUGU